AUGCUGACUCGACUCCCCACUGAUGCUGCUUUGACCGUGGCACCUGGCAGAGCUCCCAUUGGCGCCUUCGAGCCCUCCCGAUCUGAAGGCACGGCCCAGAGAGAAGAAGCAAGAAAGGGCAAGGGCAAAGGCGGCAAAGGCAAGGAGCCCAGCAAGGAGCUCAGCAGCGGCCGUCGCCGUUCCAAAGGCCCGGACAAGCCCGCCCUUUUGGCGCACAGCUUUGCAGAAGCCAUGAAUAGUCCAGCUGUGCCCGAACCACCAUCGCCGGCAUCGACCACGACUGCCACAGUAGAGCUUGCACUCACGGCAUCUCCCGGCACGGGGUCGUACUUGUCAACUGUCAGCGCCUGUGCCUCCCCGGAAGCAGAGCCAAGCGUGGCCGAAUGCAGCACCACAGAUCCACGAGAUCAGUUGCCGACGAACUUGGACCUAGCAGACUCGGCCGCUGGAAUCAGACGCCGGUGGUCGGCUGCACCGAGGGCUCCGCCAGGGACGUGGUUAUCACUGGACCCGUCGAAGAAGGAGCUCGAUGACUUGUAUGGUCCCUUGCCAAUGGCGCCAUCUAUGCCUGCACUGGAAGGAAUCGCGACCGACUAA